AUGACGUUUAUGUUCGCAGUGAUUUUGUGCGCGCUGGCGACUGUCGGGGCUUCGCCCUCUGCUGCCAGGAGUAGGAAAGAAAUCGAAGAUUAUAAACAGUUUCUUAAGGCAUCAAAGGCUUCCAAUGGAAAUGGCCUCUUGGUGUUCAACAAGAUAUCACCUCUCGCGAAUCCAGAAGAGAACAGCGGGAAAUACCAGGGUGACAUAAUUCUGGACGACUACAUGAUAGAGGCUAUGGUGGACCAAUAUGCGUCUGGGCAAAACGCAUAUGUCUGGCCCGAAACUACCUGGCCAGACAACGUAGUCGUCUGGGAAAUAGGCGGUGAUAAUUUAGAACACAUACAUGAAGCGGCCAUUUUGGAUGCUAUAGAAGACAUUCAAAAUCAUACUUGUAUCAAAUUCAGACUUCGUCAACCAGGGGACACUGUGUAUGUCAAAGUUACGGGUAACCCUGGAGGAUGCUAUGCCCACGUUGGUUAUUGGGAACCUCGGGGUGAACACCAGCUGAACCUGGCGAAGAACACACCGGGGGUUGGAUGCUUCCGCCAUGCUACAAUUGUACAUGAGUGGAUGCAUAUCCUUGGCUUCUUGCAUAUGCAAUCCACAUACAAUCGGGACAACUACGUCCAGAUUAUGGAGAAGAAUAUUAUAUCAGGUACCGAGCACAACUUCGAAGCAUAUGGCAAAGAUUUGAUCAGCAAUCUGGACAUUGAUUAUGAUUACGUCAGUUGCUUGCAUUACAGUCGCUAUGCUUUUUCAUCUAACGGUGAACCAACUAUUGUCGCCUUAAAGGAGCAUGAAGGCACAAUGGGUCAACGCCAGUACGUUACAGAUAAGGACUGGCUUCGGAUAAACAGGCAUUACAAAUGUCCUGGAGCCUAG